GAGCCCCUUCGUCACGUCAAGUCCCGCAAAGCGUCAACUUCUCAAUAGUCAUGGCAUCAUUCCUUCCUGCGGCCAGGAGGACGACGGCCAACGCGCGUCUCCUGCGUACCCUCCGAUGCUACUCAACCGAACCGACCAAACCUUCGGUCAAGCUCAUCGCUGAAUUGCGCAAGCUCACCGAGGUGUCCCUGACAAAAGCCCGAGAAGCACUCGUGGCAACCAACAACGACCUUGACAAAGCCCUGGAUUGGCUCCAUAAAGAGCUUGCUGUGUCUGGCGCCAAGAAGGCCGCGAAGGUCGCCGGACGCAAUGCCGGCCAAGGGCUCGUGAGCGUUAGUGUCCUCGGACGCGGAACAGGCUCUGGGAAUGGCGGGUUACGCGCGGCGAUGGUGGAGCUGAACUGCGAGACGGACUUCGUCGCCAGAAAUCAGCUGUUCGGUGCACUGGCUGCGGAUAUCGCGCACACUGCCGCGUUCAUCACCGAACCCACUUCGUCGAACACUCUGCUCACGCCGUGCUCAUUGGAGGCACUCACGCAUGCACCCCUCAUAUCCGCAGCUAAUAUCGGAACCACGGCUCAUUCGACGGUUGCCAGUGCGAUCCAGGAGACCAUCGCCAAGGUUGGCGAGAAGGUCUCCCUCCGUAGGGCAGUCACAGUUGUCCGCGACCCCUUCCCUUCCUCUCAAUCAGAGCUCGGCCUCCGUGUCGCCUCGUACCUCCAUGGAUCCCUCAAUAACACAUCACAAGGACGGGUUGGCGCUCUGGCUCUCAUUGGCCUAAAGUCAAACCGCUUGUCUGAAUUGCUUUCCGGAGACGCUUUCCGCGGGGAUUUGGAGAAAAUGGAGCGCGCCAUAGCGCGCCAGAUAGUCGGUUUCGAAACACAAUCAAUCACAGCCAGCGGUACCGAAGCUGACGCUGACGAAACAGCGUUGUACGAGCAGCCCUUCAUGAUGCUUGGUGGGGAUGCAGAUGGAGAUAUUGUACGGAAUGUGCUGCAGUCGUGGGCAAGGCAGCGAGGCAUGAACGGAGGAGCGAACAGACAUGGCGGGGUGGAAGUACUGGAAUUCGCCAAAUGGACUGUGGGAGAGCCUACGCCCGAGGCAUAAAAAGCACACGUAUCAAGUAUGCUCCUUACUUAAUGC